AUGGCGACUCCCCAGGUCAUCGUCGUUGGCGCAGGAUUGUCCGGCCUCUCGGCAGCUCACACGCUCUACGAGAAGGGCGGCAAUGUGCUCGUCCUCGAGAAGAACCCGUUUGCUGGAGGCAACUCGACUAAGGCUACCUCGGGCAUCAACGGCGCCGGUACCAAGGCUCAGCAAGCUCUCGGCAUCAAAGACUCGGCCGCCGCCUUCUUCGCCGACACCAAGAAGUCGGCUCGUGACCUCGCCCGCGACGACUUGAUCGAGGUCCUCACCGGCAAGUCGGCUGAUGCCGUCAACUGGCUUUGCGACCGCUUCAACCUCGACUUGUCGAAGGUGUCGCGUCUCGGCGGUCACUCGUUCGAGCGCACUCACCGUGGUGGAGAGCAGUUCCCUGGCAUGACCAUCACCUACGCCCUGAUGGAGAAGCUCGAAGACCUCGCCGAGUCUGACCCGACGCGCGUCAAGAUUCUCAAGAAGGCCAACGUUCGCAAGCUCGUCAAGGACGGCGACAAGGUCGUUGGCUGCGAGUACGAGUACCAGGGCAAGCAGCACACGGCGCAUGGGCCUGUUAUCCUCGCUACUGGUGGAUACGCCGCCGACUUUGCCCAGGACGGCCUCCUCGCCAAGUACCGCCCCGAGUUGCUCAAGCUCUCGACGACCAACGGCGACCACUGCCAGGGAGACGGUCAGAAGAUGGCGAUGGCCAUCGGAGCGAACGGCAUCGAUCUCGAGAAAGUCCAGGUCCACCCGACCGGUCUCGUUGACCCCCGCGAGCCUGAUGCCAAGGUCAAGUUCCUCGCUGCCGAGGCGCUCCGUGGAGUCGGUGGCUUGCUCGUCAACAAGGAGGGAGACCGCUUUGCGGACGAGUUGGGUCACCGUGACUAUGUCACCGGCCGCAUCUGGGAGGACAACAAGCGCCCUGUUCGCCUUGUCCUGAACGGCCAGGCUGGCAAGGAGAUCGAGUGGCACUGCAAGCACUACGUCGGCCGCGGCCUCAUGAAGAAGUUUGACACGGUCGCCGAUAUCGCCAAGGAGAUGGGCAUCGAAGCCUCGAAGCUCCAGAAGACGUUCAACGAGUACAUGGAGAUCUGCGAAGGCAAGCGCCAGGACCCGUUCGGCAAGAAGUUCUUCCACAACACCAACUGGAAGAACGAGGCCGGACCGUUCUUUGUCGCCCAGAUGGAGCCCGUCCUGCACUACACCAUGGGUGGACUCGAGAUUGACCCGCGCUCGAUGGUCCUCGACUCGAACAAGAAGCCCAUCGAGGGCUUGUUCGCCUCGGGCGAGAUUGCCGGUGGUGUUCACGGCGCCAACCGUCUCGGUGGCUCGUCCCUCCUCGGCUGCGUCGUCUUCGGCCGCGUCGCCGGCGACUCUGCCGCCUCGUACCUCCUCAAGUCGCUCUCGUCCGGCUCGGGUGCAGUCGCCCGUCUCGGACAGGUCAACAACCACCUCGCCCCGCCCUCGACGACUAUUACGAUCGACCCGUCGACUCAGCAGGUCCACCUCACGCUCAACUGGUCCGGCCAGGGUCAGGGUCAGGCGCAGGGGUCGGCCGGAGACGUCAAGCCUCAGGGCGAGUCGACGGCCCAGCAGCCGGCGAAUGAGGUCUCGACUGCUGUCAAGCAGGACGAGGAGACCAAGGCUGGCGGAGGCGAGAAGGCUGCCGAGCAGAAGGAGUACUCGCUCGACGAGGUUGCCAAGCACAACACCAAGGACGACAUCUGGAUCGCCGUCAACGGCCAGGUCCUCAACGUCACGAACUUCCUCAACGACCACCCGGGAGGCGCCAAGGCGUUGCUCCUGUACGCCGGCAAGGAGGCGAGCGAAGAAUUCAAUAUGUUGCACGAUCCGAAGGUCGUCUCGAGGUACGCGCCCGACACCGUCAUCGGCACGUACAAGCAGUGA